AUGCAUCGAGUGUCGAAUGGCAGCGUCGCCUCGGGCGACAGUCGCCGAAACAGUAUGGUGGAUGCGUGUGGGCGAUUCUGCAGUCAGCCAACAAAUGGCGCACCUGAAUUACUGAUAGCGUUGUGCUACGAUACGGAUCACGGAUGUCUUACGGUAGGCAUAGAACGAGGUUCAUCGCUUGGCGACAAGAACAGACCGACAGACACGUUCAUCAAGAUUGUUGCAUUGGGUGAAUUCGGCAAUGAGCUAUGGCGUCAAAAAACUGAAGUAGUUAAAGGAUGCUCAGAACCACAAUACGACCAUGCUGCGUCUAUACAGUUGCACCGCCCGGACCUCGAUGUGUGUACAGUACGAAUUGAGGUGUGGAGCUCAGUGGGUGUACUAAGGCGACGACAAAUGCUUGGGUGGUUGGCAAAUGGGAUUGAACUCAAGUUCACCGGACGCUCAGGACACUGGGAGCAGAUGAUACAG